UCUUACUGGAAUCAAUUAUAAACAAUAUGCCAGACACUCCUCCAUAGAGUGUUACAUUGUGCUCCUUGGCUUGCAUUGAUGCGAGAUCAUUCUGUAUCUGACACUUUGUGCCAUUAGCAUGGCAGGAGAAGGGUAUGGAGUAAGUGACCUUGAACAGGAGAAAUAUGAUGCUGAUGAAAAUGUCAAAAUUAUCUGUCUGGGUGACAGCGCAGUGGGGAAGUCAAAGUUGAUGGAACGCUUUCUAAUGGAUGGAUUCCGUCCUCAACAGCUCUCCACGUUUGCCCUGACGCUAUACAAAUACACAACAACCGUGGAUGGAAAGACUGUCUUAGUGGAUUUUUGGGAUACAGCUGGACAAGAGCGGUUUCUAAGCAUGCAUGCUUCCUAUUACCACAAGGCUCAUGCUUGUAUCAUGGUCUUUGACGUACAACGCAAGAUCACCUACAAGAACCUUUGUACAUGGUACCAAGAGCUCCGGGAGUACCGACCAGAAAUUCCCUGCAUUGUUGUGGCCAACAAAAUUGAUGCUGACCUCCGUGUGACCCAGAAAGGAUUUAACUUCGCCAAGAAGCAUAACCUGCCAUUUUACUUUGUUUCAGCUGCUGAUGGUACUAAUGUGGUAAAGCUCUUUACUGAUGCAAUCAAACUGGCCAUGUCCUAUAAACAGAACUCUCACGAUUUUAUGGAUGCAGUAUUGCAGGAACUAGAAAACUUUGAAUUGGAGAAGCCAGAUAGAGUCUCUGAUAAAGAAGAUGAAUCCGAAGACAGUGAGAAACCAAAGGCUGUUUGAGAGCAACUAUGAUCCUGCUCAUCCUUUUUAGAGCCUUGCUGCCAUUAUCUGAUGCUCUUUACCAACCAUUGUUGAGAUACUCACGUGAAGUGGAUAAACUUGUAGGUGGCAAAUUCACCUGGUCAUACAUUGAUGGAUGAUAUAGAGGCUUGAUUUCUUUAGGAAUACUGCACUUCCUGCUGUUAAGGUGUUUGUGGUAGAUCACAAAAAUGAACUUCAUGUGUAACACCAUGUGAAAACAUGUCACUAUUUUAUUAAAAGGCCAUAUUAUCCCAGAAUAUUGCCCACCAGAAUGAAAAGGAGUCAUUGAGUGUGCUACAUUUGUUUCCUUGCUAUGUUGCUUAUAUUACAAUAUGAAAGUAAGUGUAAUAAAGCACAUACAUGUAGCCAUAUGAUAAAAAUCAAACCUGCCCUAUCUUUUUGGAGGGAGUAAUGACCGUCGGCAUGUUUGCAUGUCUUCUGGGAGAGCGUAGACUUUAUUUAAUCUUGAAUGGGUUUCCAAACAUCUGGACAACUUGUGUGCAUUCUAAAGCUUAAGGGAAGAUCGCAUUCCUUGCUAAAUAUGUCCAGUUUUUUUGAAGAUACAUAAAUUAUACGAAUAUAGUGCAUAGAAUUUAAUUUCACAUUCCGUUUCUAUCAGAGAAAAGGCUGUAAGAGCAGUUACAAAUCUCCACGUCCAUGUGCUUUAGAGUCAGGAGUACUUGAGAUAUAUCAUGCCUUAAUGAUUUCACUAUCAUUUAAUUAUUGAUGUCACCAACCAGCAUACUUGGUACUAGUCCCAUACAUUUGUUUUGACGAGCAUUGGUUGUUUUAAUUAUGCUAAGUGAUCGGUUUAAUUAGGUAGGCGAGCGAUUCAUUUUUUUGGGGGGGGGAAGGGGUGCAGGGUAAUGGCUAACGAUAUAGGACUUGUGGUGGAUCAGUCACCAAGGGAACCGAGUGUCACCACCAAGGCUCUCCUUUCCCUCCUAAGUAUCUCUUGCAGUGCCUAGAGGAGUGAUUAUAGCUCAGUUUAGAGCUUGUAUAGAAAUCUCACCCAAACACUAAUCAAGACUUUGUGAAGGGUGAAGAAGAAUUGUUUUUAUUGUCAACUUGUCACACUCAGGGCAUCAACAUGAGAACAAUGGGAUUAAGAUAUCCCAGGUGCCUUGAUGUCUGUACCUUUACGGUUAAUUUACUUAGAGGCCAGACACCUCGGUACUGGGUAACAAAACCAACAAUAAAACUGGGUUUCUGUUCCCAUAUCCCCAAACAAAUGGUAUCCCCGCAAAACUUUCUUCUGAGAGCCCACUCUUCCCAAAAAGCCCUUGGAUCGGAUAUGGCUAACCCGAGUUAGGUGAAAGUCAAGUUUUUAGCGGGCUGUGGCUAUUCUCCGAUCUGGGACAGAGUUCCAGGCUGCUGGGUGGAAGUUCCCGGUCACCGAAAAACCACAACGCUUUUUGUGGCUACAUGGCUCUCCCUCUAGUCCAGGGUGUCAUUUGAUGCCUCACCACCUCCUCUGCCCCUUUCCCCAUAAAAGCAACCUGGUAGCUAUUCCUAAGACCGAUAGCACUCACGAAGAUGUUUCAGCGGAUUGCAGCUAGUGCUUGAUCUGAACCAGAGUUCCAUUGCGUUCAGUGGUUGCUCCCAGUCAGGUGUGCUGUGCUUCCAAAGCCUGCUUUUCUGGCAUUCUUUAAUACCAUUGUAAGGGGCGCUAAACAGGGAGACUUACUUUGGAGGGGAAAAUCCUGGGAAAUUAUAGUUCCUUUGAGCGAGGUGGUAAUUGGGGAACCGUGUACAAGUCCAGGCUGAUUGGGUGGUCUGUCACAGGACUCAAACAAACUGUUGUUCGAUCCUAUUGUUAUAUAUACGGCUGUCGCUCACCUCUUCAUUUUUCCUUCUUUUUAUCUAUGUUUUGGUUUUAUUUCCUUCUUCUGACUAGCUAAAUCUAUGAAAAUAUAUAGUCUAAAAUUAUAAAAUCAUUGAAAAUCAAUGUACCGUAUAUACUUGAGUAUAAGCCGACCCGAAUAUAAGCCGAGGCCCCUAAUUUUACCCCAAAAAACUGGGAAAACUUAUUGACUCGAGUAUAAGACUAGAGUGGGAAA